AACCCUCUGUCUAAAAAAAAAAAAAAAAAACUCUUUUUCUUUGUGGUGCGCGUGAGUGGUGAGGUGCUGUUGGUGCUUGGCUAUUUAGCUUUGCGGGACGUGAUGUAUCCCCCGCACAGGAGGACGCCUUGUGGCUUUUAAAAGGAUGUAAGGGACAGAACCGUGGAUACAACAGCAGGAAGCUCCUGUUUUCGUCCCCCCCACCUCUCUCCCGCGUACAUCACCGGGACUCGGAUUGUGGAGUCGUCAGCCAGAGCAGAAAAGACGCGAUUUUUUUUCCCCCCAGGAUUUUGAACAGAGCGACUGAAGGCAACACUUUGGAUUCUCUGUUCCGUCUCUUAGACCCCAUAUGAAAAACACAGAGUGCGCAAGGACGGCACACAACGUCUCAGAGACAGUUUGGAGAGAAAUUAACGCUCACUUUGAAUCUAAGGACGUGAGCUGCAGCGCAACCUCAAAUUUCCAAAUACGCGGACGGAACAUGCGUUCAUUAUCUGGAAUGUGAAACACAGGAUUUGUACUCAGCAACACUCAAGAACCACACGACUUCGAACACCAAGAAUUUGGAAGGCAUCUGGGAUCAGAGCAGCAGGACUUGCGGUCUUGGGGGAAGAGUGGCGCAGUGGAGGGAACUGUGCCAUAAAGAAAGCACCCAAUCAGGGCAUUUACCAGCAAAAGACUUAGUACUGAGUUCAUCUGGGACCUUCAGCAGCGGGCGGUGAGAGAAAGAGGCCAUGUGGACCGCACGCCUGCUAGUCCUCGCCAGCCUCUUUGCACCAGCCGCACUGGCUUUCAGUCGAGCACCCAUCCCUAUGGCGGUGGUGAGGAGGGAACUGUCGUGCGAGAGCUACCCCAUUGAGCUGCGCUGCCCGGGCACGGACGUCAUCAUGAUCGAGAGCGCCAACUUUGGUCGCACUGAUGACAAGAUUUGUGAUGCAGACCCAGCACAGAUGGAAAACACACGGUGCUACCUUCCAGAUGCAUACAAGAUCAUGUCUCAAAGAUGUAAUAACAGGACCCAGUGUGCUGUUGUGGCUGGACCAGAUGUGUUUCCUGACCCGUGCCCGGGAACCUACAAAUAUCUGGAGGUCCAAUACGAAUGUGUACCCUACAAAGUGGAGCAAAAAGGCUCCUCAGUAUUCCUGUGCCCAGGGCUUCUGCACAGGGUGUACCAGAGUGAGCACCUCUUUGAAUCCGACCACCAGUCCGGAGCCUGGUGCAAAGACCCUCUGCAGGCCUCUGAUAAGAUCUACUACAUGCCUUGGACACCCUACCGAACAGACACCUUGACCGAAUACUCUUCCAAGGAAGAUUUCAUCGCUGGAAGGCCGACAACAACCUACAAGCUCCCACAUCGGGUUGAUGGAACAGGCUUUGUCGUCUACGAUGGAGCACUCUUCUUCAACAAGGAGCGCACACGCAAUAUUGUCAAGUUUGACCUCCGAACUCGUAUCAAAAGCGGAGAGGCUAUCAUAGCUAACGCCAACUAUCAUGACACAUCACCAUAUCGUUGGGGAGGAAAAUCCGACAUCGACUUGGCUGUAGAUGAAAACGGACUUUGGGUGAUUUAUGCUACUGAGCAAAAUAAUGGACGCAUUGUCAUCAGCCAGCUCAAUCCCUACACACUGCGUGUAGAGGGGACCUGGGACACAGCUUAUGACAAACGCUCAGCAUCCAACGCCUUUAUGAUUUGUGGGAUCCUCUAUGUGGUGAAGUCGGUAUAUGAAGAUGAUGACAACGAAGCAACAGGAAACAAGAUAGACUACAUCUAUAACACAGAACUAAGUAAAGAUGGGUUUCUGGACAUCCCUUUCCCUAACUCUUAUCAGUACAUUGCUGCUGUGGAUUAUAAUCCUAGGGACAACCUGCUGUAUGUUUGGAACAAUUACCAUGUUGUCAAAUACUCGCUGGACUUUGGAGCAUUGGACAACAGACUUGAAACUUCCUCUUCUGUAAUGGUAUACGUGGAUACAACAGCCUCAACAACAAAGACCACUACUCGACCUUCCACCAUUACCAUGAAAACCACAACAAUCAGGACCACCACAACCAAGAUGCCUGCCACAACAACAGCAGUAACCCAGUGGCCACGGACUACAUCAACCACAGUGACUCCUGCUCAGACACUGGUGGAAACUGUAGAGCCAGAGGAUGAUGACAGUGCAACGCCUUCCUCCAAACUUCCCAACAUCAUAGUGGAAUACUGCAAUCCCCUUGUGAUGAUGGACAUCUCCUGGCCAAAGACCAAGCAAGGCAUGGUAGCCAGAAUGCCUUGUCCACCUGGAACCAUAGGUGUGGCUUCAUAUUCAUGUGUGGGCCCAGAAGGAUACUGGGAUGCACAGGGACCUGACCUUACCAACUGUACCUCCCCUUGGGUCAACAUCAUUAACCAGAAGAUAAAAGCUGGAGAAACAGCAGCCGUCAUAGCCCGAGAGCUGGCGGAGCAAACCAAGAGUAAUCUUCAUGCAGGCGACAUCACCUACACCGUGAGGGCUAUGGUUCAGCUGGUGGACCUCCUCGAUGUGCAGCUGCGGAACCUCACACCAGGCGGCAAAGACAGUGCAGCACGGAGCCUUAACAAGCUGCAGAAGAGAGAGCGCUCGUGUCGGUUUUAUGUUCAGGCCAUGGUGGAGACGGUCAACAAUUUGCUGCAACCGCAGGCCCAGGCGGCUUGGAAGGAUCUGAGCACAGGGGAGCAGCUGAGGGCUGCCACAAUGCUGCUGGAUACGGUGGAACAGGGGGCCUUCGUCCUGGCUGAUAACCUGCUGAAAACAGACAUUGUGCAGGAAAACACUGACAACAUCCAGCUUGAGGUAGCAAGGAUGAGCACAGAUGGGAAUUUGCCUGAUCUGAAGUUCCCACAAAGUGGAGGACAAGGCAACUCUAUCCACCUGUCAGCUAAUACGCUCAAGCAGCACGGCAGAAAUGGUGAAAUUCGGAUAGCUUUCGUCCUGUACAAACACAUCGGAAGCUACCUUUCAACAGAGAACGCCAGCAUGAAGUUGGGCAGUGAAGCUAUGGCAACUAAUUACUCCGUCAUUGUCAACUCACCGGUUAUCACAGCUGCCAUCAACAAGGACUCUUAUAAAGUCUACCUCUCUGACCCUGUCAUUUUUACCAUUAGACAUCUGCAGCAAUCUGAGGAAAACUUUAACCCCAACUGUUCCUUCUGGAGUUACUCCAAGCGAACCAUGACUGGUUACUGGUCGACACAGGACUGCCGCUUACUGGGCACCAACAGGACACACACCGCAUGCUCCUGUACCCAUUUGACCAACUUUGCUGUCCUUAUGGCCCAUGUCGAUGUCAAGAAUACAGACCCUGUUCACGACAUGCUUCUGGAUGUCAUUACCUGGGUGGGCAUCCUGCUUUCACUGGUAUGCCUGCUUAUCAGCCUCUUCACCUUCUGCUUCUUCCGCGGCCUCCAGAGUGAUCGCAACACCAUCCAUAAGAACCUGUGCAUUAGUCUGUUCAUUGCUGAGUCCCUGUUCCUGGUGGGGAUCAAUCGGGGCGACCAGCCGGUUGCUUGUGCUGUUUUUGCCGCCCUGCUCCACUUCUUCUUCCUGGCAGCGUUCACAUGGAUGUUCCUGGAAGGUGUGCAGCUCUACAUCAUGCUAGUGGAGGUCUUCGAGAGCGAGCACUCGCGCCGACGCUACUUCUACCUGGUGGGCUAUGGAGUUCCCGCACUGAUUGUGGCCGUCUCUGCUGCUGUAGACUACCGCAGUUAUGGCACAGAUAGAGUUUGCUGGCUUCGCCUGGACACAUACUUCAUUUGGAGUUUCAUAGGACCAGCAACCUUGAUAAUUAUGCUCAACGUGAUUUUCCUGGGCAUCGCGCUUUACAAGAUGUUCCAUCACACGGCCAUUCUGAAACCAGACUCCGGUUGCCUGGACAACAUCAAAUCAUGGGUGAUUGGGGCUAUCGCCCUUCUGUGUCUCCUGGGCCUGACCUGGGCCUUCGGCCUAAUGUAUGUCAAUGAGAGCACGGUGGUCAUGGCUUACCUCUUCACCAUCUUCAACUCCUUCCAGGGAAUGUUCAUUUUCAUCUUCCACUGUGUGCUGCAGAAAAAGGUUCGUAAGGAGUAUGGGAAGUGUCUGCGCACUCACUGCUGCAGUGGUAAAAGUGUGGACAGCUCUAUUGGCUCUGUGAAAGGCAAUGUCUCUCGUGCUCCAGGACGCUAUUCUGCAGGGUCACAGAGCCGCAUCCGUCGAAUGUGGAAUGACACCGUCAGAAAACAGUCUGAGUCCUCUUUCAUGACCGGAGACAUCAACAGCUCUGCAUCACUCAACAGAGGGGCUAUGGCUAACCAUCUUAUACCUAAUGCACUCCUACGUCCUCAUGGCACUAACAAUCCCUAUAAUACAUUGCUUGGGGAAUCGGCAGUCUAUAACAACCCUCUGGGCAUGUACAACGCACAAGAGCCCUACAGAGAGACAAAGGGAAUCCUGAACAAUGCCCGGGAUACAAGUGUCAUGGAUACUCUACCACUGAAUGGUAACCAUGGCAACAGUUACAGCAUCGCCAGCGCCGAGUACAUGAGUGAUUGUGUCCAGAUAAUCGAUCGGGGCUACAACCACAAGGAGACCACCCUGGAAAAGAAGAUCCUGAAAGAGCUCACCUCCAAUUAUAUCCCUUCCUACCUCAACAAUUCCCACGAGCGCUCAAAUGAGCAGAACCGGAACCUCAUGAAUAAGCUGGUCAAUAAUGUUAGCAACGGUGGCAAGGACAGUGGUUACGGGAUGGGCUUGGGAAUGGGCAUAAAUGUUGCUCUGAGCCUGGAUGAUCACUCCACCUUUGGUCAGCACCACGACGAAGGCCUGGGUCUGGAGUUAAUUCGCGAGGAGUCUAACGCACCGUUGUUGCCACAGAGGCCGCCUCCGACCCUGCAGGCGGUGGACAACCUUCACAAUCACCUCCACCAAUCGGUUCCUCCAACCCUUCCAUUGCCCCACCAUCCCUUCUCCUCAGCCACUACCUCCUCCUCGUCUCGAAGGAGGAUCCCCCAGGAGAACAGCGAAAGUUUCUUUCCGUUACUCAAUAACGAGCACACUGAGGAUGAGGGCUCGUCGCCCAACCACAGCCAUCAGAGAGACUCCCUCUACACCAGCAUGCCCAUGCUGCCCGGCCUGCCUGACGUGUCUGCAGAAUCUGCUGAAGGCUCCAAGGAAGGCAGAGACGCCAAAAGCCCGGAGGCCAGCUCGGACGACGUUUACUACAAAAGCAUGCCUAACUUGGGCUCACGUAACCACCUGCAUCAGCUGCACUCCUAUUACCAGCUAGGACGGGGCAGCAGUGAUGGCUUCAUCGUUCCCCCUAACAGAGAGGAUUUAUCUCCAGAGGAGGCCCACCAGGAGCCCUCGCACCUGGUCACCAGCCUAUAGGUCCUUACAGCGUUCCUCUCCUUCCAUUUGACACACUCGUAUUCUAUCAACUUUUCCUCCCUGAGUCCUAUUGCUCCAUCCGUCGUUGGCAGUGGUAGCCUUUCUUUUUAUCAUGUCCCGUAGACUGAAGCAGAGCAAACGACUGUUUUCUCUCUGUUGCUCUUCACAAACAGGAUAAUAAUUGCUAUAACAUGGGGGCUAAUAUGUGACUGUAUUUGGUUAGACAUUGCAGGACGUUGAUGUUGUUUUCCACCCCCCCCACCCCCCACUUUAAAACCCUCUGUGGUUUGCCGUGUUUUGUCUCAUUGUGAAAAGAGACAAUUAACUCACACAGGAUUCUUAGGUCUCAGCAAUGAGACAGUCAAGAGGAACUGGAAAGUCUCAGAGUCUGAAGUAAAGACUUCACUGGAAUAAAUGGGGAAUUAAAAAAAAAAAGACUAUUUUAUUAUACUUCUUUAUCUAUAUUGACUUUUUGAAAGAUUUUCUUCCUCUUUGGUGAGUUGCAGCACAUUUUGUUUGCUGAAGUGUCCCUUCAAUAAAAUAAAAGCAAAAAAAAAAA